AUGGCGACUGUUGCAAUCGCAGAGUCUACGUUCCAAUACGAGGAGCAGUCCUUGGAGAACGAUUGCCUCAAGGUCGACAUCUUUGACCCCGCCAAAUACGGCGCCCGUUUCCUGGAACUCGUCCAGAAAUACCCCGAAACAUUCACGUAUGUCGCCUUCCCGGUCCUCCAUUCCGUCGACGAGCUGUUGACAGAGGUCUACAACCCCAUUGCCUCCUCGCCGGCCGACUGCUUGUGGGCCAUCAUCGACAAGACACGCCCCGCCGGCGCCAACCACGACAACCUGGCCGGCGCGUUCUCGCUCAUAGACGUCAAGAAGGCCGAAGGCACGGCCGAAAUGGGCGGCAUCCUGUUCCCGCCCUUUCAUCGGUCGCACGUCGCGUCCAACACCGUGGGGCUGAUUUUGCAGUAUUUGCUGGACCCGCCGUCCCAGCGCGGUCUCGGGCUGCGCCGUGUGGUGUGGCAUGCCAACGCGAACAACAAGCCGUCGCGGCGUGUGGCGGAGCGCAUGGGCUUUACCCUCGAGGGCAUUCUGCGGUGGCAGCGGACGUUUGCGCCGAACCGCGAUUGUCAGGCGGGGCCAGGCGUUGCGCUGCCGACGGCCGCCCUGGCGGCACGGAACGGGACCAAGCCAGAAGACGAAGCGCCCGGGCGGCAUACGGCCGUGUACUCCAUUGUGUGGGAUGAAUGGGAGGAGAAGCGACCACAUGUAGUGGCCCAGAUGGGGCUCCGGAAGUGA